AGUUCCUGUCUAUCAUGGAUAGAGAGGUCUACCAGGACGAGGAGUGCAGCUGGGUAGCACCCCUUCCGUUUCGCUCACCAAGACCUCAUCUUCCCAGCAACAAAGUACAAGCGGCAAAACGCCUGAACACACUCCGUAAAACACUAGAGAGAAAACCAGAAAUGAGGAAGCAAUUCACUGACUUUAUGCAGGGAAUGCUGGAUAAAGACCAGGCUGAGCUUGCACCACCUCUAGAGGGAGACAGAGAACAUUGGUAUCUCCCCAUGUUUGGAGUUUAUCAUCCACGAAAACCCGGACAAAUAAGAGUUGUGUUCGACUCCAGUGCUGAGCACGAGGGUGUAAGCCUCAACGAUGUACUCCUCAGCGGUCCAGACUUGAAUAACACCCUGUGUGGAGUCCUCCUGAGGUUUCGUAGAGAGCUUGUCGCCCUAACCGCAGACGUGCAACAAAUGUUUUAUUGUUUUGUAGUCAGAGAAGACCACAGAGACUAUCUCCGCUACCUCUGGUAUGAAGACAAUGAUCUUAGCAAGAAAAUAGUAGAGUACAGGAUGAAAGUGCAUGUGUUCGGGAAUGCACCAUCACCCGCUGUCGCUAUAUACUGUAUGAGGAAAGCCGCAGAAAAGGGCAAAGCAGAAUACGGCGUAGAUGCACAACAGUUUGUGGAGAGACAGUUCUAUGUUGAUGAUGGGCUCAUCUCAUUGCCCACACCUGAGAGAGCAAUAGACCUCCUGUCCAGAACCCAGCAGAUGCUGGCAGACUCCAAUCUAAAGCUACAUAAAGUAGCGUCUAACAGCGAAUCGGUGAUGGAAGCUUUACCCGAGGAAGAUCGUGCAAAAGACCUGAAGCAUGUGGAACUUGGUGUCGAUCCCCUGCCUCUUCAAAGAAGUUUGGGUCUCUUAUGGAACCUAGAAACAGAUAGUUUUACGUUCAAGGUAUCCCACGAAAAGAAACCAUACACUCGCAGAGGCGUCUUGUCCACAGUCAAUAGCUUAUACGAUCCUCUGGGUUUCGCUGCACCAGUGAUCAUGCAAGGGAAAGCGUUAGUACGCGAACUGUCAGCAGGAGAACAUGGAUGGGACACACCAUUUCCACCAGAAAAGGAAGAAAGAUGGAACGUCUGGAAAGAUUCUCUUACGGCUUUGGAAGAUCUGCACAUAAAGAGGUGUUACAUUUCUGUUUCACUGUCUUCAGUACAGAACACAGAGUUGUGCAUUUUCUCAGAUGCCUCCACAACAGCAAUAGCAGCGGUAGCCUAUGUGAGAGCAGUUGACAGUAAUGGGAAAUGUCAUGUCGGUUUUAUCAUGGGAAAAUCCAAACUGGCUCCACGGCCUGCCCACACCGUCCCACGUCUAGAGCUGUGUGCAGCUGUACUAGCCGUCGAACUGUAUGAGUUCAUAAAAUAUGAGAUAGACACCCAUGUUGAUGCUGUAAGGUUUUUUACCGAUAGUAAGAUCGUUCUUGGCUACAUCUACAACACCACUAAAAGAUUUUACGUAUAUGUGUCUAACAGAGUGACCCGUAUCAGACAGUCCACUCAAGCGAAACAGUGGGCUUAUGUCUCCACAGAAGAAAAUCCUGCAGACCACGCCACUAGGUUCAUGCCAGCAGCACACCUACAGCAAUGCAGUUGGCUAACAGGUCCCAGUUUUUUGACUUAUGAGAAAACAUCUGAGCCCAAUACAUUCACUCUUAUUGAGCCAGAAGUCGACACUGAGAUCCGACCUGAGAUCAUAUCCUCAGCCACGUCAAUAUCAAACACUCAGUUGGGCUCACAACGCUUUGAAAGGUUUUCAAACUGGAGUAAACUCCGCAAUGCUGUAGCCAAACUCGUUCACACUGCUGCAUCUUGGAAGCAAGAUCAUGGAACUGCCAAAAGAAGAGGAUGGAGUCUCUUCAAAGAUAUGCCUACCACAGAUCAGCUUGCACGAGCCAAGUGCGUGAUAAUGCACUCUAUUCAGUGUGAUCUAUUCAAAGCGGAACUUAAGUGCUUCAAGGAAGGCAAAGCGCUUCCCAAACAGAGUCCACUCAAAAGGUUCAACCCCAUGGUAGAUGAAGACGGUUUGAUCCGAGUGGGAGGCCGUAUACCUGCUUCGGACCUUCCAAGAGAUGAGUGCCACCCUAUCAUCGUCCCAUGCACUCAUCACAUUGCUACACUCUUAGUGAGGUACUAUCAUGAACAAGUGGCUCAUCAGGGACGUCACAUAACAGAGGGUGCAAUCCGAGCAGCAGGAUAUUGGAUCAUUGGUGGCAAACGUCUGGUUUCUUCCGUCAUCUACAAGUGUGUUAUCUGUCGUAAAGUACGAGGAAGACUACAGUAUCAGAAAAUGGCAGACUUACCCGUUGACAGAGUCACCCCAGCGCCUCCUUUCACUAGUGUGGGCCUCGAUGUUUUUGGGCCGUGGAAUGUUGUGGCACGCCGCACCAGAGGAGGGUGCGCAGAAAGUAAACGGUGGGCGGUGCUGUUCACUUGUAUGUGUACCAGGGCCGUACAUAUCGAGCUGAUCGAAUCCCUGUCAACUGACAGCUUCAUCAAUGCUCUCAGAAGGUUUUAUGCAGUACGUGGGCCGGCCAAGCUCCUCCGCUCUGACAGAGGAACUAACUUUGUUGGCGCCUGCAAAGAGCUGGGCAUCGAAGCUGAGCACUCAACUGUUGAGGCCUACCUCCAGAGCAAAGGAUGCACAUGGGUGUUCAACCCUCCGCAUGCUUCGCAUAUGGGAGGUUCUUGGGAAAGACUCAUCGGUGUCGCUAGACGCAUCCUGGAUGCCAUGCUGGUUCAGUCAAUUCACAUGCGGCUUACUCAUGAAGUCUUGAGCACCCUUAUGGCUGAAGUGAUGGCCAUCAUGAAUGCAAGACCACUGGUACCUGUGUCUACCGAUCCAGAUAUGCCUACAGUCCUCACACCAGCGAUGCUACUUACGCAAAAGAUGAGUGCAGUCUCUGCUCCAUCUGGGGGCUUCCAAAUGGCGGAGUUGCAUGGAAAACAAUGGAAACAGGUACAGUGUCUUGCGGACACCUUUUGGAAAAGAUGGAAGACAGAGUACCUGUCUACUCUUCAGAACCGCAGGAAGUGGACUGAAGAAAGGCCGAACAUUACAGUGGGGGACAUUGUGCUUAUUAAAGACUGCCAAGCCCAUAGAAAUGUGUGGCCUGUGGGAAUAGUUGUCAGGACUCUACCAGACGCUGAUGAAACGGAUCGCAAAGUAGAGGUCAAAACAGUGAGACCGAUCUCAGAGAUUGUUGUCCUGCUCUCUGAGUAA